UUCCGGGUCCGAUGGUCCCUCAGUAGGCGGCGGCGGCGAUGGCGGGUGGACGGUCCGGCAGCCGCUGCUGCUGCUGCUGGCGAGCUCCCCUGCCGCUGCUUGUGGGCAGGGCCCUGGGCCUCCUGCUGCUGCUACUGCCGCCAGUGCCACCUGCGCAGGCCCGGAGCCUCCGCUUCGUGAUUUUGCUGUAUCGGCACGGAGAUCGGUCCCCUGUGAAGGCCUAUCCUAAGGACCCCUAUCAGGAGGGAGAGUGGCCCCAAGGCUUUGGCCAGCUGACCAAGGAGGGGAUGCUCCAGCACUGGGAGCUAGGCCAGGCUCUAAGGCAGCGCUACCGGGGCUUUCUCAACGCUUCCUACCACCGAGAAGAGGUUUACGUUCGAAGCACAGACUUUGACCGAACCCUUAUGAGUGCCGAGGCCAACCUGGCUGGACUCUUCCCAGUUGAGGGCAAGCAGUCUUUCCAUCCAAACAUCACAUGGCAGCCCAUCCCUGUGCACACAGUCCCUGAGGCCCAGGAUAAGCUGCUGAAGUUCCCCCUGGGCCCCUGUCCCCGCUUUGAGCAGCUACAGAACGAGACUCGGCAGAGCCAGGAAUACCAGAACGAGACGGCGCGCAAUGCGCAAUUUCUGGAGAUGGUGGCCAACGAGACGGGCGUCACAGACCUGACGAUAGAGACGACCUGGAACAUCUACGACACGCUCUUCUGUGAGCAAACCCACGGCCUGCCCUUGCCACCCUGGGCCUCACCCCCAACCAUGCAGCGUCUUCGCCGGCUCAAGGAUCUCAGCUUCCGGUUCCUUUUUGGGAUGUACCAGCCAAUGGAGAAGGCCCGGCUUCAGGGGGGUGUCCUCCUAGCCGAGAUCCGGAAGAACCUGACGUGGGCAGCCUCAGCCUCCCAGCACCCGAAGCUGUUGGUCUACUCCGCGCACGACACCACGCUGGUGGCACUGCAGAUGGCUCUGGGCGUCUACAACGGGGAACAGGCUCCCUAUGCCUCCUGCCACAUGUUUGAACUUUACCAGGAAAACGAUGGGAAUUUUUCUGUGGAGAUGUACUUCCGGAACGACAGUACCCAGGCCCCGUGGCCCUUGGCGCUGUCCAGCUGCUCCCAGCGCUGCCCCCUCCCAGACUUCUUAGAGCGCACGCAGCCCCUGGUGCCAGAGGACUGGGCAAAGGAGUGCCAGGUGACGAGCAGCCUCGCAGACACAGAGGUGGUCGUGGCCUUGGCCGUGUGCGGCUCUAUCCUCUUCCUGCUCAUCCUGUUGCUGCUCACGGUCCUCUUCCGUGUGCAGGCCCAGCCUCCGGGUUACCGCCACGUCGCUGAUGGGGAAGACCACGCCUGACAACCGCUCGGCCCCCUCCCUCCAGCCUCUCCCCAUUCCAGACGGGAGGCCUUUGGCUGGCCUGCCCUCUGAUUGUGCCCAGGCUAGGGCAGUGGGGAGGCCAGUCUGAUGCAGACCCAAGGCUCUGAGUCCAGGACCCUCCUCACCUGGCCUUUCUGAGCAACGGCGAAGCUUUGUUGUCAUCUCCCUCCCAGCCCCGAGAAGCACAACAAAGCAGCACCAGUGAUUUCUCACCUAGAGGAAGGGAGGCCUUUGGUCAACCCAAAGGAGUCCUGGCUACUACUUUCUGCCACCGCCUGGAAACGUUGGCAGGUGACUCACAGGGCAUCCUCUCUCGUCUCCCACCACCCCCAUGCCUAGUCUAGCCGGGCCUAUCUUCCUACCCUCAAGGCAGGGGUCACAGGCCCAGUUCUUUGAGGUUGGAAGCCUCAGGGUUAGUUGCUGCUGUUUCCACUCCUCUGAAUCCUGAGCUGGCUUGAAGAAUGUAUAUAAAGUGAUGGGGGGGGGAAAGGGGGAGGAGGGUAGAGCCACCGACAGGGCACAGAAGAUAACCAAGCCCUGGGCUAACGCAGGUCGUGAGCUGGACAGCUCUGGGCUGUAGCCCAGAAGGGAUGAUGGCAGACCCCAAGGGGAAUGAAAGCAGUGAACUCUC